AUGAACCACGCGAUUCUACGUCAACUUCCACGACUAGCCGCUUCGGUGAUCAGGCCGAGGUCCUCCGCCUUCGCCGCUCAUCGGCCAGCAGCGACACGGUUCUUUUCAUCGACCCCUGCUCGAAAUGUUGAAAGCCCUGGGGCUUCGAAAGGCCUGGGUAUACCGCCGAUCGAACCACCGACGAAGGCGCCGGAGCCUCUCACCUCUACACCGCUGAUUACAGACUCCGCAGGUAGCGCGGAGGUGAUUACCGCUGCCUCCGAUGCCGCACCCUCCCUUACUGACGUCGCCACCUCUGCUGAUGCCAUUGCAGUCGAGGCUGUAGCACCAUGGUCUGAUACUCUGCUCCAGCCUGCCGUCGCUCUUCUGCAUACCGUACAUGACGUGACAGGUCUGCCUUGGUGGCUAGCAAUCGGAGUGUCUACGAUUGCAAUCCGUUCACUUUUGCUCCCCGCAACUCUCAUGACUAUGCGGAAUUCCGCGCGAAUGACCGCUUUGAAGCCUGACAUUGAAGAAAGGAGAAAUGUUGUAAUGGAGGCCGUUCGUUCAGGCGAUCGUCCGCUCGCUGCAAAGCGUCAAAAGGAGAUGCAAGACUUCAUGCGCAACGCCGGAGCAACUCCGCUGAAAGUGCUUGCAGGACCUUUGGUACAAUUCCCCGUCUUUAUUUCGUUUUUCGUUGGACUAAAGCGGCUCUCUCAGUCGGAUCCUACGUUUGCAACUGAAGGGGCAAUGUGGUUUAUUGACCUCUCUUCGAAAGACCCAAUGUUUGUUCUCCCCGUGGUAUGUGGUGCAUCGCUCCUUGCCAUGACAGAACUGGGUGGGGACACAGGGUCGACUCAAAUGAGUAAGGAAAUGCGCUUGGGAAUGAGGUGUAUUGCAGCUUUGUCAGUGCCAAUGACAUAUUGGUUUCCAACAGCUGUGUUCUGUUACUGGAUUCCCAACAAUGUGUUUUCUAUUAUGUUGGGAGCGGCGUUGCGAACAAAGCCGACUCGGCAAAUGUUAGGGCUGAACGUGGAUGUAUCCAAAAUCCCCGGAACAAAAGCAGCAAGAGCACUAGAAGCAAAGCUGGCCGCGGAAGGGAAGGGCACGCUAUCGCCUCAGAUUUUAGAUCCGACUUUAGCGGUGGCAAGCUAUGCGAGAAGCUCUUCAGUGGUACCAAAUGCACAGACUGUGAAACCGGUCUUGCUCAAGCGGAGACCCAAAAAGAAAGUGAAAGCCACCAUAGACUAA